AGAAUGGUUACCCGGCUCCAGUACUGCACCUUCUGACCCCAAGACCCAGGGUGCGGCCUCUCUGCAUAUCCUUGGAGCAGAACGGGGCUCCUGGCCUGCCCCUCAACCCAAUGGGCCCCCAGGCCUCCAGAGCCGUGCACCAGGAGACCCACGCCCCGCAGCAGGCCCCCAGGCCUCCCUGCAGCACCCCGUAAUGCAAUCCACGGGGGCGGGGGAGGCAGCGGCAGCAACAGCGGCAGCAGCAGCACUGCCCCAAUCUAGAGACAUCCAGAAAGAGGAGGAAAAUGGCUCCGAGCAGGGACCGCCUGCUGCACUUUGGGUUCAAGGCGACAAUGUUCUCAAAUAGUGAUGAAGCUGUAAUCAAUAAAAAACUUCCCAAAGAACUCCUGUUACGAAUAUUCUCUUUUCUGGAUGUCGUUACCUUGUGUCGCUGUGCUCAGGUCUCCAGGGCCUGGAAUGUUCUGGCUCUGGAUGGCAGUAACUGGCAGCGAAUUGACCUGUUUGAUUUCCAGAGGGAUAUUGAGGGCCGGGUAGUGGAGAAUAUUUCAAAAAGAUGUGGGGGCUUUUUACGGAAGUUGAGUCUUCGUGGGUGUCUUGGAGUAGGAGACAAUGCAUUAAGGACGUUUGCACAAAACUGUAGGAACAUUGAAGUGCUGAAUCUUAAUGGGUGUACAAAGACCACAGACGCUACGUGUACUAGCCUUAGCAAGUUCUGUUCCAAACUCAGACACCUUGACUUGGCUUCCUGUACGUCAAUAACAAACAUGUCUCUAAAAGCUCUGAGUGAGGGAUGUCCACUGUUGGAGCAACUGAACAUUUCCUGGUGUGACCAAGUAACCAAGGAUGGCAUCCAAGCACUAGUGAGAGGCUGUGGGGGUCUCAAGGCCUUAUUCUUGAAAGGCUGCACACAGCUAGAAGAUGAAGCGCUGAAGUACAUAGGUACACACUGUCCUGACCUGGUGACUUUGAACUUGCAGACUUGCUUACAAAUCACAGAUGAAGGUCUCAUUACUAUAUGCAGAGGGUGCCAUAAAUUACAGUCUCUCUGUGCCUCCGGCUGCUCCAACAUCACAGAUGCCAUCCUGAAUGCUCUAGGUCAGAACUGCCCACGGCUUAGAAUAUUAGAAGUGGCAAGGUGUUCUCAAUUAACAGAUGUGGGCUUUACCACUCUGGCCAGGAAUUGCCAUGAACUUGAAAAGAUGGACCUGGAAGAGUGUGUUCAGAUAACAGAUAGCACGUUAAUCCAACUUUCUAUACACUGUCCUCGUCUUCAAGUAUUGAGUCUGUCUCACUGUGAGCUGAUCACAGACGAUGGAAUUCGUCACCUGGGAAAUGGGGCCUGUGCCCAUGACCAGCUGGAAGUGAUAGAGCUAGACAACUGCCCACUAAUCACGGAUGCAUCCCUGGAGCACUUGAAGAGCUGUCACAGCCUCGAGCGGAUAGAACUCUAUGACUGCCAGCAAAUCACACGGGCCGGAAUCAAGAGACUCAGGACCCAUUUACCCAAUAUUAAAGUCCACGCCUACUUCGCACCUGUCACUCCACCCCCAUCAGUAGGGGGCAGCAGACAGCGCUUCUGCAGAUGCUGCAUCAUCCUAUGACAAUGGAGGUGGUCAGCCUUGGUGAACUGAGUAUUUAAUGACACUUCUAGAGUUACCGUGGAGUCUCUCCAGUGGAAGCGACCCCAGUGUUCUGGGCAAGAGUUACAAAGUGAGGGCAGUGUCCAGAUCCCCAGAACCACAUCUACAUACACAUACAUGCCCUCACCCCCUUCCACUCUAGCUUUGUGACCAUGGGACUGAAGUCUGUGCUGGUUUAUUUAUCAAGUGGAUUGGUAAAACUUAACCAUUCCUGUUGGACACGCCCAGAAGAAAAUCAUAGGCCAAGGUAGACGGAAGGGGGCAUUCCAGCAAAUCCAGUGUUACUGCUACUGCAGUUUGUUUAUUUUGUUGAGAGGUUUCUUUGGGGAUUUUGGAACAAUAGCUGCAGUCCUCCAGGGUCAAGGAAAGCAUGGAAAAACAAGAUAUGAGGUAUCCAGGGACCAGAAAGAAAAUUUAUUUGCAUCUUAGAAAUGGCAGCCAUCCACUGGAAAAUGACUGCAGAGCUUCUGCGCUUCAUUGUUUCCAUGCCAACAUGCUAAGCAUGCUCACAAAGAAGGCUCAUCCAUUCCUUCUGUAUUUUAAUAUUUGGCCCAGAGGUUUCCUGAAUGGUUGCAUUGAAAUCACUGUGGUCCAAAUGUGAUUACUUAUUCACUCAAAUUGUCACUCUCUAGUACACUAGUGCACCUGUCUUCCAUUCUCUGUUCCCUCUCCUGCACUCUUGCUCAGUCUUUCACCUCUUCAGUCUGCUUACUCACACUCAGUUGUUACUCUUUUGCUGUUGUUGUGUUUACAGUUGGCAUUUUGGAUGACUAGUUGGGGUUACCAGACUUUUUAAAAGAGACAUAUUCAGUAAAUAUUUUUUUAAUUCUAAAUUUUACCACUAGGGGACCCUGCCUGAAUCUUUGCCAGUCUAAAAGGAAACUAACAAAAGCAAGAAAAACUAUGAGAAGAAAUUGAGCUAAAACUAUUUUGAUGAAAACAAACUUUACGUUUUGGUUUCUAUUAUAUCUUGUAAUAUAUGAUAUACACAUGAUAUGCCCAUUAUUCCCCUCUGCACAUUUUUUCCUUCCGUCAAACUCCACUAACAAUAAGGAAAGAGAGAAAUACAUUAUUAGUAAAGAGUGCAAUAGUAAGUCCCAAAACUCAGCCUGACAGCCUCCACCACCCAAGCUCAGACGUUAACUUUUUUGUUCACUGAAAUCUAGGUGUGAUCAGUGGCAUCUCUGACCUGUGUCUGUGAGGUUAGAUUUUUGCUUUAGCAGGAAUACUGCUAGAGGAGCUGUGCAGUCGAGCCUAUCCAUUUCUGUCCCCCCUCCUCCCCGCCCCCCGUUUCAGCUCAUCAGGGAUGCAGAAAUGGCCCUGUAACAACUGGGCAACUGUAUUUCAGUAUCAACGGUAUCAUAUCUAAUGUUUGAUCCUCAAGAGACCAGAAGCUUUUCAGAACCUGUCAGCCAUAGCUCUCUUCUGCUCCAUACUUCCCUGAUUGAAAUACAAGGGUAGCCAGGUGAAGACAUUGGGGCAGCUGUGACAGAGCAUUGAGAUGAAGCAGAGGUUCAUUGUUCUGUCCACCUGGUCGCCUGGGCACCAGAGCUGAGGGCAGAGUAUUCGAUGCCCAUGGCUCAAUCCAAGAAGUCUCCCCACAAAAAAAAAUCACAGAUAGUGAGGGAAAUAUAAUGAGUUUCUAAAGCACAAGAAAUAGAUUUUUAAAGCCUGAGGUUAGAAACCCUGUGUGAUUUUUAAUAGAAUAAUUGGGGUGGGGAGGCUUUUAAGACGUUAAUGUGCAGUCCACCGUGCUCUUUGAUGCUUGCCCAUGGAUCAUCUUCAUGAUCUGGGCUGUUAACGGGUUUGUUUUAGUGCGUCAUGUCCUGGUCCUACCAGGGAAGCUCAAAUUAAUUUUUUUUUCCCCCUUUUCCUUUUCCUUCUUCUCAAAUUACCUUGUAAGGAAUACACUUUUUAAAGUAAAACUCACUCAUUUUGGCUAUAGCUCACACAUACAAAUACACACACACACUGACAUUUUCAGAUGUAGUUGAUAAUAUUCAGAUCCCUAGGUCACUCGUUCAGACAAAACUAAAAUAGUCAGGGGCUGUCUGCUCUAAAGAUUUUUUUUUUAGUGACUGAAAAAACCGACCAUAAAACCCUGAUUGAUUAGUGAGUAGAUUUGAGUUGCAUGUUUGUUAAGGCUAUUAAGAUACUUCUUUACUUAAAAGAAAAAAGAAGUUUAAAAUAUCCUGUUCACCAGUACAUAAAGGGUCUUAGAAAUCCUGUUUCUCUACUCAAAAGGUGUACCCACAUGCAGGUUCAUGUGGACUUGCCCGGGUGAUCCCUGCUGUUGAGGCAAAGUCCAGCCUGUCAGGGCCAAGGACAGAUCCAAGUGAGAGAGAGAGGCCCUGGGUUGUGUAGCACUGGCUUGUAUGUAGUCAGGCAGGAGCCUUAUUCUUUUCUCAAGAAAACUUCAAGCCCAUCAAGCUUGGAAGGAAAUGUGUCUUGUAUGCCAAUCUGUACCCUACGCCAGCUGAUAAAUGUGCUAAGACUUUGAGAACAUGGUAAAUUUUGGUCAGAUGGAAAGCGUCCUGAACAUAAUGCUUCCUGUCUCAACAUCUGGAAUACUUAAGGCUUAACAGGUAUAGAAAAAGUUCUCCUUAGGGAUGGUAUAUUGGUACAUUUGUCUGGUUCCAUAGCCCCUCCAGAAUAUGCCUUCUAUAAUGAAAAAACAUAAUGUGAAUUAAGAGAAGAGAUUUGGAUAAAUAAGAAGGUACCCUCAAAGCUAUGUACCCUCAAAGCUAUUUCCAUAAACCUGCAGAUGGCCAGGAGGAAUUAUUACUGUGUCUCUGGAGAAAUUUUUUGAACAUAUAGAUUCUCUCUUUUCUAAGCAGCCUUUUCCCCCAGUCUCAUCCACUACAUGUUCCACCAAGCAUCAUUUGCUGCAGUGGUCUUUGUUACAUCCUCUUCCAUUGGCCCCAUCAAGGUGAUUCCAGCUUUUUUUUUGCACUGAUUUCUCCUGUUUCCUUCCCACAUCCAUCCUCUCCUCUACUGAAAGCCUCCAUCUCACUCCCAAUGAUGCUGCUGAUUUAUUCUCAUCUCUCUCCAGUGUAGCUUCCUUUUUGGGUCCUUGUCCUGAUCCAGGCAGACUGUCCUGGGCAGCUUUGAAUUAAGUCACUUUCGGGUGGCUUGGGCCAUUUUUUCAUUGAGUGGUCUUUGAUGCUUGUUUAUUGAGUUUGAAAUCAAACUGUUGGCUAUGACAAGGGGAUCUGGCUUCAGCCUUUUUUCCAAUAUUUGGAAUAUGAAAGCGCAUUGUGUUUUUAUUUAUAUGAAAAUUUUUUUUCUCCUCCUGUUCUGCUCUGGAUAUAAAAGGAUUUCUUAAAUGGUUUUUGUAAAUUUUCACAUCCAUUUACGGUACUUGAUUUAGCAGAGACACAAGUCAGAAAUUUUACAUAUUUCUUGUAUCGUACAUUUUAGAGGGAAAGCUUUAUUAUGUGCUUUCCAAAGUGUUUGAACAGUUCGGUGUAGCUAUGAUACUGCAGAAGCCAAGUUCUUCCACUUCUUCUAAUGCCUUGUAAAAUGCAUUGUUACUCGUUUGAUAGACCACUGCCAUGGCAGGACUACACAAACUAUGCGAUGGAACCUGUCCUGGUUUGAAGUUGUUAGGAGGUGUGAAAGUGUUGCUGGAAAGAAGAGAGUGGUUUCCUGCCUGUCUGUGUGGGCAGUGUACCCUUAGGUGACCACGUCAUUUGUAGAAAAGGAACACUUGUGGAUCAUGGUUCACGCGUGGCUGUUUAAUGUUUAUUGUGCUGAAAAUCACAGACUGCUCAUGCCAGUUGCCACAAGUAAAAGGAGGUAUUUAAAGAAAAUUGGUCUAAUCUGUUUUCCCCUCCUUGUGUACAUGAUUUAAGGGUAGGUAUCCCUGUUUUGCAUCCUGGCUGACAGACUCUUCCAGUGAUAUGCUUACUCUGGGAUUCUAAAACAUUUUAUAAAAAGAUUGCCUCUAUCUGCCCGCCAGUUCUAGGAUCUUUAAUCGCCUCAAACACAGGCAAUGUUUAUUAGCUAGGUCUUUGCAAAGAGAUGUAGGAUGUUUAGUUGGUGGUCUUGAGGCAGACCUCCCUCUUCCUCACUUUCCCAAUGAUCUUGGACCAAACAACUCCAAAGCAAUAGGAGAGUGAAGGGAAAUACAGAGUCCCAGCUGCUCCUUGCCUUUAUUCUCUUUAUUUCUAUCAUAAAUUUUAAUUGUAAGGUUGGAAAAUGCAGAAAGCUGUAUAAGAGCAUGUGAAUAGGGUACGAUUAACCCAGGUAAUUUGGGGAUAAAAUUUGGUUGUGAUUGCUAUAUCCAAAAGCCCAAACUUAACAUCUUUAUUCUCCAGCAGAGAACAUGGGCUACUUAAGCACCAUCUGCUCUAACCUUAUCCUCUCACUUAAGAGAGACUUUCUACCUGCCCAGAAACUACCAUAUGAGGCAAGCGAGUUUUCAGCAUGAAGGUCUUCUGCAGCUUCCCUCUCAAGGUGGCCCCUAUUUUGUCUGUUUUUAUUCGUAUGAACAUUGGUUCCACUUUGAAGCAUUUGAUCCUUAGGAAAGUUAGUAAGCAGCCUCUUAGCUGAGUCUGAGUGAAUCUUUGGAGCCCAAGAGAGUUACACUUAAUUCUCAGUAGAAAAAAAAAAUUGUUGGACAAGCUCACAUGGGAUAUUGAUAAGAAAAUUCCAUACAUGUACUUCUUCCAUCUUGCCUCAUGUGGUUUUAAAUAAACGCUUGGUAGAGUUUGGUUCACAGCUGUUGAGUCUCAGUGCUUCCUUGGCCAGAGUAGUCUACUGUCCUUUUAGGAAGAGGAACCAGGAGUACUCAAAACUUAAUCAAUUUGACCUUUCUAUUUUACAUGUUUUCCAGGGUCUUGUUUUGAAGAAUUAGGGUAGGGAAAUGGUAGAUGAGGUUCAAAGUAAAGGAGAUAACCAGUUAUAGAACUGAGAUGUUUUGCCUCAGGUACAAGCAUCUAUCCUGAAUAUAUAGAUACAACUGCCUCUCACGUGGGUACAUUUACUUUCUUCUUCAUGUGAUAAACUCCAUGCCCUUCUUACUGGCAAGGACUACAGUGGUUCCAGAGAGGACUUCUACUUUUCACACACCUAAUCAGUGUCAACCAGAUGGGGAUUGGCACCACUGAAAGGAUCACCAGUGCUUCCCAGCUGCCUCCGGGGGUGGUGGUUUUGAUACCAGGGCAAGAGCAGAUGGGCAAUAAAUGAGAAUCCCACCCUGAGAAGAGAGAUGUCCAGACACAUACGUUUUCUUUUCUGUUCAUGCCCUAAGAGCGUAGAGAAAUCUUUAAUGUCUUUUUUGCUAGUGGAAGAAGAAAAUUUUGUCCCACUAAGUUUCUCUUGUCGUUGUCUCUUACUACUUACACCUGUUAUUUUAAAUCUUCACCACACUGCCGCUCACAUAUACAUAUGUGUUUCUUACCUUAGCCUAACUCUUUUCAGCCUUUGAAGUCAUUAUUCUGGUUUUUUGUUUUUUUUUUUUUUUUUUUUGUAAAUGA